UAUCCGGAGGAAAAGUCCCAAAGGGAGUGUCUGGGAAAAGGGGAGUGGGGAGGCAAUGUUCCUCUUUAAAAGGAAAUUGGAGCCAGCCUCGUGACGUAGGUACCUAAACUGGAGCUGGGAGGUGCCUAAUCUCAUAGGAACCCCCCCCCCCCCCGUGGAAAGCACUGGGGGAACAGGACCGAGACAGACAGGGAGACCCAGAUUUCUUUGGCCAACACGCCACAAACUCUGCAAUUGUGCAAGGUCCUGUGCCGAUCUUCCAGCCACUACACCACACAUGUCCUGCACAUGAACUAGAGAAGGAUGCUGCUAGUGGGUGACGCACCUCCGCUCUUCUUCUAGGAGCCAAGGGAGGAGAGACCAUGGCAGGCAACCUCUCCGAGCUGGAGGAGGCCCUUCUGACACUGGUGAGGAACUACGACAAAUACGCCGAGAAGUCCUUUUUCCUCAGAUACUUUUUCGGGAAACAGGGCAAGAUCAACAAGGAGAAUUUUGGGAAGAUGCUCAACGAGGAACUCAGCCACAUGCUAUCGAACACCGACAGUAAGACUGCCGCCCAAGAAAUGUUUGCCGACAUGGAUUUGGAUAAGGACGGGAAAAUGAGCUUUGACGAAUAUUGGAGGCUGAUUGGUGGCAUCAUCAACCACUGUUUGCAUGUGAAGCAACAGGUUCAGGAGUGUGAUGGAGAAUGAGAGCCCGCAGGAGAGAACAUGUCAGCUGCUCCCCACCCCCACCCCGAGCCCCCCGCCCCAUUCUGACUCCCUGCCUUAACUUUGCCUCUUUCCAGCUCCCCCUACUAGCCGGGCUGAACAGGACAUUUCCCAAUGGCAGAUCUUCUGGAAGCCGAACUCUACAGAAGACCGGGAAUGUAGACCUGUCCGUAGAAAUUGCAUAUCCAUCUGUUUCAUGCCUUUUGACGGCUGCACUCGGGACGCUGGGUGGUUGGAGGGAGGGGCUGGCCACGCCUCGGGGAGUUGCAGCCAGACUGUCAGACUGUGGCGAUAAAGACUGGACUCCGAGUGUCAGAGUCAUGUGACUUUCUUUCUGAUCAGCUCAGAGUUAAGCUAUGGAAUUUGCUUCCACAGGAGGCAAUGAUGCCCACCAGCUUGGAUCCUAGAAUCAUAGAAUCCUAGAGUUGGAAGAGACCUCAAGGGCCAUCCAGUCCAACCCCCUGCCAAGCAGGAAACACCAUCAAAGCAUUCCUGACAGAUGGCUGUCAAGCCUCCGCUUAAAGACCUCCAAAGAAGGAGACUCCACCACACUCCUUGGCAGCAAAUUCCACUGUUGAACAGCUCUUACUGUCAGGAAGUUCUUCCUAAUGUUUAGGUGGAAUCUUCUUUCUUGUAGUUUGAAUCCAUUGCUCCGCUUUACAAGAAUAUCAUGGGGCACCUUGUCAAAGGCCUUGCUGAAAUCAAGAUAGGCUACAUCCAUCCUGCUUGCUGCUGUCCUCCCACAGGCAUCUGAUUGGCCCCCGUGAGAACAGGAUGCUGGGCUAGAUGGGCCAUUGGCCUGAUCCAGCAGGCUCUUCUUACAUUCUUAUCCUCUUUUAAUUUCAUCCACUGCUGCCUCUUGUGGCAGUGAGUUCCAUAGUUUAGGCACUUUUUAAUAUAAAAAGAAAAUACCAUUUAUUACAACAGAGCCUUGCGCACUAAAAUCCAAGUUGGUGUAUUGGUUUGCUUUGUUAAAAACAGUGUCAACCGCUGGAGUUUCCUAUUCCUUCAGAAGCAGCAGGUUCCCAAACAUUGUGGCCUGCACAGGCCAGGGUGGAAGAGACUCGCUUUCCAACCUCCUUAACUUGCUCCCCUUGGGCUAGCCGACCUGAUAACUUGCAUGUACAGUGGUACCUCGGUUUAAGAACAGCCCUGUCUGCGAACGAUUUGGUUUGCGAACUCUGCAAAACCGGAAGUGGUGUCCCGGUUUGCGAACUUUACCUCCGUCUAAGAAUGGAAUCUGAACAGUGGAAGAAAGAAAGAAAGAAAGAAAGAAAGAAAGAAAGAAAGAAAGAAAGAAAGAAAGAAAGAAAGAAAGAAAGAAAGAAAGAAAGAAAGAAAG